GUGUAUGUGUCUUCCCGACGGCAGAGCCCCAACGCACAAUCAGUCAGUCUCGAAGCAGCCAGCCAGCCAGCAGCACACACAGGGGCACCAUCCAUUUGAAUACUCCAUUUGAUCAUGUCAUUGUAUCGUUCGCCAUCCGCUGCUCUUCUUAAGAGCCCGUCGCAAGCAGCGUUCGGUGCUCCAUUUGGCAGCAUGUCCGUCGCCGAUCUUGGAUCACUCACCAGACUCGAGGACAAGAUCCGUCUUCUCCAAGAGGAUUUGGAAUCAGAGCGCGAACUCCGCAACAGAGUUGAACGUGAGCGUGCCGAUCUCUCCGUUCAAGUUAUUGCUUUGACUGACAGACUCGAGGAUGCCGAGGGAACCACCGACAGCCAAAUCGAAUCGAACCGCAAACGUGAGGGAGAACUCUCAAAGCUUCGCAAGCUCCUCGAGGAGUCUCAACUUGAAUCCGAAGAUGCCAUGAAUGUUCUCCGCAAAAAGCACCAGGAUUCCUGCCUCGACUACCAAGAUCAGAUCGAGCAACUCCAAAAGAAAAAUGCCAAGAUCGACCGCGAACGCCAACGCGUCCAACACGAAGUCAUCGAGUUGACCGCCACUAUCGACCAGCUCCAGAAGGACAAACACACCGCUGAGAAGGCCGCUGAGCGCUUCGAAGCCCAAGCCAACGAACUUGCCAACAAGGUCGAGGACUUGAACAAGCACGUCAAUGACCUCGCCCAACAACGUCAACGCCUUCAAGCUGAGAACAAUGAUCUUCUCAAGGAGGUUCACGACCAGAAGGUUCAACUCGAUAACCUUCAACACGUCAAGUACACCCUCGCUCAACAGCUCGAGGAGGCCAGACGUCGUCUUGAGGAUGCCGAGCGCGAGCGCUCCCAACUUCAAUCUCAACUCCACCAGGUUCAGCUCGAGCUCGACUCGGUCCGCACCGCUCUCGAUGAGGAGUCGAUUGCCCGUUCCGAUGCUGAGCACAAGCUCAACCUUGCCAACACUGAGAUCACCCAGUGGAAGAGCAAGUUCGAUGCUGAGGUCGCCCUUCACCACGAAGAAGUUGAGGAUCUCCGCAAGAAGAUGCUCCAGAAGCAAGCUGAGUAUGAAGAGCAAAUCGAGAUCAUGCUCCAGAAGAUUUCUCAACUCGAGAAGGCCAAGUCUCGUCUUCAAUCUGAGGUCGAGGUUCUUAUCGUUGAUCUUGAGAAGGCCCAGAACACCAUUGCUCUCUUGGAGCGUGCCAGAGAACAACUCGAGAGACAAGUUGGAGAACUCAAGGUCCGUAUCGAUGAGAUCACUGUUGAACUCGAAGCUGCUCAACGCGAACUCCGUGCCGUCAAUGCUGAGCUCCAGAAGAUGAAGCAUUUGUACGAGAAGGCUGUCGAACAGAAGGAGGCUCUUGCUCGCGAGAACAAGAAGCUCCACGACGAACUUCACGAAGCCAAGGAGGCUCUUGCCGACGCCAACCGCAAGCUCCACGAGCUCGACCUCGAGAACGCCCGUCUUGCCGGAGAAAUCCGUGAGCUCCAGACUGCCCUCAAGGAGGCUGAUGCUCAACGCCGUGACGCCGAAAACCGCGCUCAACGUGCCCUUGCUGAGCUCCAGGCUCUUCGCAUCGAAAUGGAACGUCGUCUCCAAGAGAAGGAAGAAGAGAUGGAGGCUCUUCGCAAGAACCUUCAAUUCGAAAUCGACAGACUUAUUGCCGCUUUGGCUGAUGCCGAGGCCCGCAUGAAGUCCGAGAUCUCUAGACUGAAGAAGAAGUACCAGGCUGAGAUCGCUGAGCUCGAGAUGACUGUUGAUAACCUUAACAGAGCUAACAUCGAAGCCCAGAAGACCAUCAAAAAGCAAUCGGAGCAACUCAAGAUUCUCCAAGCCUCAUUGGAGGAUACUCAACGUCAGUUGCAACAAGUUUUGGACCAAUAUGCCCUCGCUCAACGCAAGGUCGCCGCUCUCUCUGCUGAACUCGAGGAAUGCAAGACCGCUCUCGACAACGCUAUCCGCGCCCGUAAGCAAGCCGAGGUUGACCUCGAGGAAGCCAAUGGACGUAUCUCCGACCUUAUCUCCAUCAACAACAACCUCACCUCCAUCAAGAACAAACUCGAGACUGAGCUCUCCACCGCUCAAGCUGAUUUGGAUGAGGUCACCAAGGAACUCCACGCCGCUGAUGAGCGCGCCAACCGUGCUCUUGCUGAUGCUGCCCGUGCCGUUGAACAACUUCAUGAGGAACAAGAACACUCGAUGAAAAUCGAUGCCUUGAGAAAGUCUCUUGAGGAGCAAGUCAAGCAACUCCAAGUUCAAAUUCAAGAAGCUGAGGCUGCCGCUCUUCUCGGAGGAAAGAGAGUCAUCGCCAAGUUGGAGACCAGAAUCCGUGAUCUUGAGACCGCUCUUGAUGAGGAAACCAGAAGACACAAGGAGACCCAGAAUGCCUUGAGAAAGAAGGAUCGCCGCAUCAAGGAGGUUCAACAACUCGUUGAUGAAGAGCACAAGAACUUCGUUAUGGCUCAAGACACCGCUGAUCGUCUUACCGAGAAGCUCAACAUCCAGAAGAGACAACUUGCUGAGUCCGAGUCCGUAACAAUGCAAAACCUCCAGAGAGUCCGCAGAUACCAACACGAGCUCGAGGAUGCUGAGGGCCGUGCCGAUCAAGCCGAGUCCAGCCUUCACCUCAUCCGUGCCAAGCAUCGUUCAUCUGUUGUCACCGGAAAGUCAUCCUCCAAGAUUUUCGUCACGGAAGACGAUUAUUAAACAUCCCAAAAAGCGUCGCCAUACAUCAAAUCAUCAAAUAAAUUGCUAAUAAGAUGUGUAUAAUUGUUUUAUUUUUCUUCUCUAUUUCUUUCAUGUUCUUCUUCUCUUUCUUUUUAAAUUUUCAAUUAUUUCUCUCCCCAACAAAUGCGCCCAUCCGCUUUUUCUAUCGUUCUUCCAUCACUAAAUCUUCUCGACUAUCUUUUUGUUCUGUCCCACUGCCCCUCGUGCUUCUGACUGACUGUCCCCCAAUCAAUAUUUCGAACAAUUAGGUCAAUCGAGCGACAUCAUUUCCCACCCACAAUUCAUGUUUUCCCAUCAAUUUUUAAUACAAAUUUAUUCAAUGUUCCAUCCAAACCAUCCCGAGUCCCUGGUUGCAUAAGAAAUCGUCGUCAAUAAAAAUUUUGAUACGAUGAGAUGAUGCAAUCGCAACCAGGAUACGGUAGAAAUUGUGGUAUGCGCUGUUUUCUUCUCAUAUCCCAUUACUUUCCUACUUCUCUUCAAUUUUAAUAUUCAAAGUUUCGCCUAGAUGAUAAUUUUUGUUGUUUUAUCCAAUCAGUUUUUAUCAUUCGGGCCACAAAACACCCCCGUUUCACAACAAUAAAAAAUGUUAAAAACAAAUUAAAAAA